GAGGAGGAGCUGAAAAUGCAGAUUUAGCAUCCAGCACAGAUACACUCGUUCUUUCUCUGAGAUACACACAGCUCUCCACAUCAGCACCUCUGCGAGCAAGCCAGGCUGCCCGACUACAUGGCUUCCCCUCCCGCCAGAUGCCAGAGCACACAUUGACUUGCUGCUUUCCAGACCCCUAAUCAGUGUUUUUCUCUACACAAAGAUUUUUUUAAAACAAGCAACAACAACAAAAACUAUAUAUAUAUAUAUAAUUUAUUUGCACCUUCCUUGCGGGACCGCUGCCCCGCCAGCCUGCGCGCCUCCUAACACCACUUUUCACUCCCAAAGAAAGAUGAAAGGUGGCUGUGUCUCCCAGUGGAAGGUGGCCGCCGGUCUCCUCUUCUGUGUCAUGAUUUUUGCAUCUGCCGAGAGACCGGUCUUCACGAAUCAUUUUCUUGUGGAGUUGCAUAAAGGGGGAGAGGAAGAAGCUCGCCAAGUUGCAGCAGAACACGGUUUUGGAGUCCGAAAGCUCCCCUUCACUGAAGGCCUGUUCCAUUUUUAUCACAACGGCCUGGCAAAGGCCAAGAGAAGACGCAGCCUACACCAUCAGCAGCAGCUGGAGAGAGACCCCAGGGUAAAGAGUGCCUUGCAACAGGAAGGGUUCAGCAGAAAAAAGCGAGGGUACAGAGACAUCAAUGAGAUUGACAUCAACAUGAACGACCCUCUCUUUACGAAGCAGUGGUACCUGAUCAAUACCGGGCAAGCUGAUGGUACCCCUGGCCUUGACUUGAAUGUGGCAGAAGCCUGGGAGCUGGGAUACACAGGGAAAGGUGUUACCAUUGGAAUUAUGGACGAUGGGAUCGACUAUCUCCACCCGGACCUGGCCUCGAACUAUAACGCGGAGGCAAGCUACGACUUCAGCAGCAACGACCCCUAUCCUUACCCUCGAUACACGGACGACUGGUUUAACAGCCAUGGGACCCGAUGUGCCGGGGAAGUUUCUGCAGCCGCCAACAACAACAUCUGUGGGGUCGGAGUGGCCUACGGCUCCAAGGUCGCAGGAAUUCGGAUGCUUGACCAGCCCUUCAUGACAGACAUCAUCGAGGCCUCCUCCAUCAGCCACAUGCCUCAGCUGAUCGACAUCUACAGCGCCAGCUGGGGCCCCACUGACAACGGGAAGACGGUGGACGGGCCCCGGGAGCUCACGCUGCAGGCGAUGGCGGACGGUGUGAACAAGGGCCGAGGGGGCAAAGGCAGCAUCUACGUGUGGGCCUCCGGGGACGGCGGCAGCUACGACGACUGCAACUGCGACGGCUACGCCUCCAGCAUGUGGACCAUCUCCAUCAACUCGGCCAUCAACGACGGCAGGACUGCCCUGUACGACGAGAGCUGCUCCUCCACCCUGGCCUCCACCUUCAGCAACGGGCGCAAGCGGAACCCCGAGGCCGGCGUGGCUACCACAGAUUUGUACGGCAACUGUACCCUGAGACAUUCUGGGACAUCCGCAGCUGCUCCCGAGGCAGCUGGAGUGUUUGCACUGGCUUUAGAGGCUAACCUGGGUCUGACCUGGAGAGACAUGCAGCAUCUGACCGUGCUCACCUCCAAACGGAACCAGCUUCAUGAUGAGGUCCAUCAGUGGCGGAGAAACGGGGUUGGCCUGGAGUUUAAUCACCUCUUUGGCUACGGGGUCCUUGAUGCAGGCGCCAUGGUGAAAAUGGCCAAAGACUGGAAAACCGUGCCUGAGAGGUUCCACUGUGUGGGAGGCUCCGUGCAGGACCCUGAGAAAAUACCAUCCACUGGCAAGCUGGUGCUGACGCUCACCACCGACGCGUGCCAGGGGAAGGAAAACUUCGUCCGAUACCUGGAACACGUGCAAGCGGUGGUCACGGUCAACGCGACCAGGAGAGGGGACCUGAACAUCAACAUGACGUCCCCCAUGGGCACCAAAUCCAUCCUGCUGAGCCGGCGGCCGCGGGACGACGACGGCAAGGUGGGCUUCGACAAGUGGCCUUUCAUGACCACCCACACCUGGGGGGAAGACGCCCGGGGGACCUGGACCCUGGAGCUGGGCUUCGUGGGGAGCGCGCCCCAGAAGGGGGUGCUGAAGGAGUGGACGCUGAUGCUGCACGGCACGCAGAGCGCCCCGUACAUCGACCAGGUGGUGAGGGAUUACCAGUCCAAGCUGGCCAUGUCCAAGAAGGAGGAGCUGGAGGAAGAGCUGGACGAAGCGGUGGAGAGGAGCCUGAAGAGCAUCCUGGGCGAGAACUAGCGUCUCCGCACCCCCUCCCGCCCCCGCCGCCCGCCACCGGGCACCUAGCCGUUACCCUCCCCACACACAAGCAAUUCCAAUUUCUCGAUCCGAAGCUUCGCUCCCUGUCAGUGAUGAUUUUCAUUACCAUGGAGGCAACCUUUUUUAUUCUGUGCCCCAAAUACAGUAUUCCCACC